AGAGGGGUAUACAACUUCACAACAUCAACACAUGUGUUUAAAAAUCUCUUGCAGAUUGUUAAUGUAAAUAAAAUAAAAAAUGUCGAAAAGAGUGAAACAUUUAACUGUUGAUACAAGUGCUUUCAUUAAGAAUGUUCAACUUCAAGAAUUAGCGGAAAAUGUGUACACAGUGCAAGAAGUACUCGAUGAAAUAAAAAGCAAUACGCAGUAUAAAAGAUUAGCUGUAUUGCCAUACAAUCUUCAAAUCAAACAACCAGAUCAAGAAGCAUUAAAAAUCAUCUCCGAUUUUGCUAAGAAAACCGGAGAUUUCGCAACAUUGUCAUUAACUGAUUUAAAAGUUCUCGCACUAACUUAUCAGUUAGAAAAAGAGAAUGUUGGGGUUAAUCAUUUGCGAAGUGAACCUAUCGUUGCUAAAACUAUCUGCUCAGCUGAAAAGCCUCCAGAAGUUAAGGAUCAAUUUGUCGUUGCUGGUUUUUAUGAUCCACGUUCGAAAAAACAAGAAAAUGAGGAAGAAUUGAGCGAUGAUUUUGAAGAAAUUGAAGAAGAAGAUCAACAGGAAAAGAGUUCAGAAGAACUGCAAGAUGAAAGUGGUAAUGAAAGUGAAGAGUGUGAAGAUAAUUUGAAAAUUGAUGAUGAGGAACUGAUUAAAAAAUUUGGAACUUUAGGUUUCAACACCAUUCCAAAUCAAAAAGCUGAUGAAUUACUUCAACCUGUGAAAGAAGAAGAAAAAGAAAAAGAAGAUUCUGAAAAUGAAGAAGAAAGCGAAGAUGAAGAAAGUGAUGAUGACGACGAAGGUUGGAUUACUCCAAGUAACAUCAACAAUGUGAAAAGAAAUUUUGGAGCUGAAGUUCUCGAUGACCAGGACGUGGAAGUUGCAUGCAUAACAACAGAUUUUGCGAUGCAAAACGUUCUCAAACAAAUGGGACUGAAUGUAACUUCGCUCGAUGGACGAAUUAUUAAACAUGUAAGAACUUUCAUCUUGAGAUGUUACAGUUGCUUCAAAACAACAUCAGAUGCCACAAAAAUCUUCUGUCCUAAAUGUGGUCAUAAAACUUUAAAGCGAGUUUCUGUAAGUGUUAAUGAUAAAGGCGAGCAAGUUAUUCAUAUCAAUGCACGUCGCCAAAUCACAACGAAAUUUAAAAAUCAAUCAUUGCCUAAGCCUAAAGGUGGAAAAUAUGCUUGUAAUCCUAUCCUAUUUGAAGACCAGUUGAUUCCACAACAAAGAUUAUCAAAGAAGGCAUUACAGAAAACUGAUGCUCUCGAUGAAAACUAUACAGCUGGAUAUUCACCAUUUGUGAUGCGCGAUGUUGACAGCAGAUCAUCAAAACUUAGAAACACAGCAAAUAUCAAGCAAUGGAUGAAUAACUAUGAAUAUGACAAUCACAGAAGAGGAUAUAAAAAGAAUAAGAAAUAGACAGGAUCUGUUUUUGAUUGAAAUAUAAAAUAAAUGAAAACUAAAUGAAUUAUUAACGGUGAAUUUAAAUUUAAACCGAUUCAAAGCUUUUUUCGUUUGUCUUUUUACUGGUAAAAACUUAAACUUUUUCAAAGGAUUUUUUCUUCGAGCUUGAAAUUUAUGAGCUUUUCGCUAAAAUUUAUGUUUUUUAUGAUUAUACUGGAGGGCCCAGACCAAAAGGUGAAGAAGAAGCAGUCGCCAGUCGGAAAAUUCCUCGUAAAUUAAUUUGUGCGUUUGUCGGCUCACCACCCAAGCUAUGCACAGGUCCAUUGCAUUCAUUUCUAUUCAUCUCAUCUAUGUUACUACAUUGUCUCCCCAA